AUGGCGGUUCUUUUGACUCCGCUGUUCCGUAGACUUGUCAGUCAGAACGAGCUUCCGGGCCCAGGGCUGAACGGGCCAAGUUCCAGGAACCGUAGAGGUGGCUUCUGCCGGAAAAGGAGGACAGGAUGCUCUGGUCCUUUUCAAGCUACUCAGCUAUGGGAUGGUAUUAUUCACUCUAUUCAGGCCCAAGUAGAACUAAAAAGAAGGAGGCACCAUUUACAAACAUACAAAGACUGUUUUACUGGUUCUGAUGCUGUCGAUGUGGUCUUAAGUCAUCUUAUGCAAAACACGUGCCUAAGUAGCAAUGACAUCUCUUGUCUUAAAGGAGUUCAUCUUUGCCAAGUUCUAAUGAAUCACAAAGUAUUUGAACCAGUAGGAAUGAAGAAGCUUUUCAAAAAAGAAAAGGAAUUGGAAUUUGAAGAUUCCAACAAUAGUCUCUACAGGUUUGUAGGCAAUAAACCAUCUUACGAUUGUUGCAAAAGACAAAAGGAUGCUGAGAAUGAGUUCAGUGAAACCUUGAGACCAGAAUAUGAAAUGAUUUCAAAUCCUCUAGCACAAGAGAUUGGUGAGGAAAGAAUUGAGAAACUUAUUCAUACAGUAAAUGGGAAUCUAGCUGUAUGUCCAAAUAUCACAGUUCAGAAACCUUUUCUCCGGCUUUCAAAAGAAGAUGUUUGGAAAGAACAAACAUUAUUAUGUCUUCUUCAAUUGAUUCACUUUCCAUUCUUGGACAAUAUUUUGGAGCCUCCAGUUAAAACACAAAAUCUUCAAUUAAACAAAGAGGAAGAUCUUGUUAUCACUAACACUUGCCUAGACAGAGAACUUAUUCCAAGCUUAUGUCUACCUGAGAUCGAUAACUGGCUUAAUGUAGCAAUUGAAUGCUUGGAUUUCCCUGACCAGUUAAUAGUUACAGUUAGUCAGCAGUUAAUGCAAAAUAGAAAUGAAGAGACAAGAUGGAACAGUCAGAAGAAGAUACUCUUUGAUGUCAUAGCAAAAUACCAUGCUCAAGAGAGAGAUUGCCUAUUAACCGAUGAGUAUUUUGAUAUUCAUUCAGGAAUUAUUGAACUUUUAGAAAAUGAGAAAAGAGCAGAAGCACUUGAAGUAAUACAACUAUAUCUAAGAUAGCUGUUGCUGAACGUUAGAGAAGAAUUACAACGGCUACUUACUUUUAUGGCGAUGGCAUCAGAGCGCAAUGCCUACAAGUUGCAAAAACCGUAUGAUAAUAAAACAGUGGUCCUGAAAACUCUUGCCAAAUCAGUUUUGCAAACCAAAUCAUUAUUAAAAGUGCGGGCAGAAUAACUGGUCUGGUUUCUACUGGAGUACCACUCUGAGCUCUUCAAGACACCAGUUACUUUAUUGGAUCUGGUUAGUAAGAAACGUAAGAAGCUUCUACAUGGAGAAUAUGGAGAUGCCAUAUCAGGUAUGGCUGAAAAUAAUAGCUACAUAUCUACAGCUUAGGAUACUGGAGAUUUAAUGAGAAAAAGUACCAAAAGGUUGACACAUGGUAAGCAUUCAUUG